AUGCCGCGCUCUCAGAUCCCACACGGCAAUCGUCCGCGGGUGGCUGCAGGCACCGAGGCGGUUUCGUUUGCGCAGCCUGCCAAAUCUGCUCUACACCAUUCGCGCCCUCUGCCGACCCACGUCGAUCAGGGAGGCUCCGGCCCGGCUCUAUCUACACGCCUGCGCCCAGAGCCAGUGACGCGAAAGACCACCACUGAACAGCAGAACAACAUGGAUCAGACCGAGGAACUUGCGCGGCUCCGUGCUGAACUUGCUGAACUUAAGCUGAGCAUUGGACAGAAGACCCCGGAACACUCUACAGAAGCUGCUGUUGUCUCAAAGACUGCUUCUGCUCCGACUUCUUCUGCCCUAACUGCUUCUGCUCCGGCCGCUUCUGCUCCGGCUGCUUCUGCCCUGACUGCUUCCGCCCCGAAGAGUACCUCUGGUUCUGGCGGCCUCCGCGGAGCUAGGUACGCAUCUACGACGGAUGCGUCUACUCCAUCAUCCGCAACAGUUAGCAAUGAUAUUGUUGCGCAUGGCAAGGUCGCCUCCGUAGAGAACUCUCACUUGGCCACCACCGCCUCGGCGACCACCGCUCUUCGUGCCCCUCCCGGCAGCAGCAACAUCAAUGGAAAUCGGACCAAUGGCAAUUCGUUCGUUCCUCGCACUGGUUUUCAGCAGGCGAACAAGUCUCUUCUGGGUCAGGACUACAAGCCGCCCACGAAGGAAAAGCUUGUCAAGCGCGGCGCCGUCAAGAUGGUGCUGGCUGAAGACAAGGGAGCUAAGGCUAAGGUUGAAUCUGAAGCUGCCAGGCAGCCCGAGAAGCACGAGUCCAAGCACAAGGAAGCAAACAAGGUCAAGCAAGAGGUUCGUCCUGGCGGCGAAAAUGCUAAAAAAGAGCCUGAAGCGGAGUCUCGCCGCUGUGGAGACACUGAAAUCAAGAUGGCCGACGGAAACGCUGUCCAGAGCGAAAAGGGCAGUCAGAAGCUUGCCGAUCAGAGCAAUCAAGUUCCCGCUGUCGGCAAGGGCACGAAACUCGCUACUAACCUCAGCAAUGGUGACAGUCAGUCUGGCGAGGAACAUGUUGCUAAGAAGCCCUCAUCAGCGAAGAACGCGUUGAAUGCCAAGCCCAGUGACUUCCUUAGCAAUGAGGGCCGCCGCAUCUGCAUCAGCAACCUCCCUGUUAGCGCCACUGAUAAGGAUAUUCGUCAGCUCAUCGAAACUAAGGCCAACGCAGGAGAGUCCAUUGAAAGCAUUACGAUCUUCCAUCGUCCCAAGGGUCAGCCUGGCUAUGCUCUGGUAGACGUAUUCAUGCGCAUGGAUGCCUCGCACAUCGUCAAGUGGAUGACGGAUGAACGCCUUUUCGGCUGGCCAAUCAACGUGCGCAUGGCGCACGACCUGAACAAGGACGUUGUCGAUAAGCUACUUGAGACAGGCUCGGCUACGUCGAUGCUGGCUCACGAGAGGCCCAGCAUGGAAGAGGGUGCUGGCAAGGUGGCUACCUGCCGUUACUGGCGUUCGGGCCACUGCCGCAACGGUGUCAGCUGCAAGUACCUUCACGGCAUUGCUGAGGGUGGCUCUUCGCCACGCGGCGGCCAGAAUGGUCGUCGCAACGGUUCUCACCCCGGCAAACGCAACUACAACUUUGACAACAUCCCUCUCUCGGCCGAAGAUGGCGAUCAAGAGACCAGCGGGUCGAUCUUGGGCAGCAGCGUCUACCGCUCUACGGCACUGAGAGUCGCCACAGAUGAGGCCUGA